AUGGUAGCACACGAUUGCGUCUUAUACACAUCUCACGCCACGAGUGGGAAACUCGUUGAUUAUGCCGCCCUUUUGUCCUCACGGCCCUGGGUAAAGUGUACUCAAGGGAGUAAGAAGUGGGGAUCCCUCGUGAAACGCUUUUGGAAUCGGGUCACUGGCCUCACUGUUUCGUCCUUCAAGGUCCGAUUCGGCCCCUGGAUGGUUGUCUUCUCAUCAAUUCGAUGCAGCUACUCUCUGGAAUUCGAAGGAAUCAUUCCCGUUCCCGAAGCCGGUAUCGACUUCAGCCUAUUAUACAACCUUGGGACUCUCCAUCAUGCACGCCGCAAUUCGCAUUGGGGCUGGUUCGAGCCCUAUACAACUUUGAUUAUUUACGGCCCGUCGCCACCGAACGCAUCUGAUCCUACUCCGGCAUCAUUCAAUAGAGAUGUCGAGAAAAGACAUAGAGUUGGUGCUAGAGAGCGAGUCAGGUCCGCAGCUGGAGAUUAA